AUGUGUGCUGAGCACCAGAAGAGGAGGAGGAUAGGGUUGUUGUACACGAUCUCUUCUGGUUUUUUUUCUUUCUCCAGGACGUCAAUUCUACAGUAUCCCACACCAACUCCAACAAGAUCUUCCUAG